AUGGAAGCUAUCAACUCCGUAUUCGCAACAUGCAAGAAGGAAUCCCGCGCUGCCCUGGUCACCUACGUGACAGCCGGAUACCCAACCGCAUCUUCAACACCCGAUAUAAUGCUAUCAAUGCAAGCCGGCGGCGCAGAUAUCAUCGAACUAGGCAUUCCAUUCACAGACCCCCUAACCGACGGACCCACAAUCCAAAAAUCCAACGCCCAAGCCCUCCAAAACGGCGUCCGGAUCCCGGAGAUGCUGCAGAUGGUUCGUGAAGCGCGGAGCCACGGUCUUACGGCGCCGGUCGUGUUUAUGGGGUAUUAUAAUCCUGUACGGGCUUAUGGGGAGGAAAAGAUGUUGAGGGAUUGUAAGAGUGCGGGUGUUUGUGGGUUUAUUAUGGUUGAUUUGCCGCCGGAGGAGGCGGUGCGGUUUAGGGGGGUUUGUAAGGGGUUUGGGCUGUCAUACAUCCCACUCGUUGCACCCUCGACACCAGACUCCCGUAUCAAAAUGCUCUGCAGUAUUGCAGACUCAUUUGUGUAUGUUGUUUCCCGGAUGGGAGUGACGGGCUCCUUGAAGGUGCUUGAUGAGGGCUUGAAUAAGCUUUUGGAGCGUGUGCAUGUCUACACUGAGAACCGGGUACCGACGGCUGUGGGCUUUGGGAUUAAUACUCGCGAGCACUUUGUGGAUGUUGCCCGUAUUGCAGAUGGUGUCGUUAUUGGGAGCAAGAUUAUUAGUAUCCUUCGUGAUGCACCGGAGGGUGCUGAGGCUCAGAAGGUGAUGGAGUAUUGCAUGCAUGUCACUGGCAGGACAGAGGCUCGAGUCAUCACCCCUCCUACUGAGGAAGAAAGCCUGGGAGAAGCCACAAAUAUCAUUUCAGCCCAAACCUCAACAAAUGAAGGAGAUGCUACGCCUACCGAUCUGACCACCCGCUUCGGCCAAUUCGGCGGCCAAUACGUCCCCGAAGCACUCAUGGAAUGCCUCACAGAACUGGAAACAGGCUUCAACACCGCCAUCGCCGACCCAACCUUCUGGGCCGAAAUCGCAUCCUAUGCCUCCUACGCCAACCGCCCCUCAAGUCUACACCUAGCACCCCGACUCACAGCACACGCAGGUGGAGCCCGCAUCUGGCUCAAGCGCGAAGACCUAAACCACACAGGCAGCCACAAGAUCAACAACGCACUGGGCCAAAUCGUUCUCGCAAAACGCCUCGGCAAAACAGCUAUCAUCGCAGAAACAGGAGCCGGCCAGCACGGCGUGGCAACGGCAACCCUAGCCGCGCGUUUCGGCAUGAAAUGCACCAUCUUUAUGGGCGCGGAAGAUGUACAGCGACAAGCGCUGAACGUGUUUCGGAUUAGACUCCUCGGAGCACGAGUCAUCGCUGUACCCGGUGCGCAUCCCGGUGAUGGGGGUACGCUGCGCGAUGCGGUGAAUCAGGCGUUCCGGACAUGGGUUACCGAUCUUGAUAGUACGCAUUUCGUGAUUGGAUCUGCGUUCGGUCCGCAUCCGUAUCCGACUAUUGUGCGCACCUUCCAGGCUGUUAUUGGGAAUGAAGCGCGGGCGCAGUUCCAGGAGGUUAAUGGUGGGAGAUUACCCGAUGCUGCUGUUGCUUGUGUAGGUGGUGGUUCCAAUGCUGCUGGCAUGUUCUAUCCUUUUGUGCAGGACAAGGGCGUGCAACUCAUUGGUGUCGAGGCUGGGGGUGAUGGCUCAGGCAUUGGCCGGCACUCUGCAACGCUGGCGCGCGGUUCGGUUGGUGUUUUACAUGGUGUUCGCACGUACGUGCUACAGGACGAUGAUGGUCAGAUUACUUCGACGCAUUCGAUCUCUGCCGGAUUGGAUUAUCCUGGUGUUGGACCGGAGUUGGCGAGUUGGAAGGAGUCGGGCCGGGCGAGGUUCGUUGCUGCUAGUGACCAGGAUGCGUUGGAUGCGUUUAGGUUGCUGAGUGAGACAGAGGGCAUUAUUCCUGCGUUGGAAAGUGCACAUGCUAUUGCUGGUGCAGUUAAGUUAGCGAAAGAGUUAGGUGAGGGUAAGGAUAUUGUGGUUUGCUUGAGUGGACGUGGUGAUAAAGAUGUGCAGACUGUGGCGGGGAUGUUGCCAGAGUUGAUGCCAGACAUCGAAGAGAACUGA